AUGGCUGUGAGGAUGAGGGUUAAAACCAACGAGAGCCGGCCAUCGCUGUUUCCUAGAGAGGCUCCCGCAAAGCCCGCUGGGGACGAUAGGGUGACUUCCUGUUUCUGUCUUCCGGGUUUGGGAGUUGAGGACCCUGGGUUGGUAGGGUCAACAGGAGAGGGGUCUCCUAAUUCCGGGACAGCUGGGCCUGCUGGGGGUGCGGGGCGCCUUGUGUGUAGCCCCCAGAACAGAUUUCUGAUCCCUAACCUGGCUGUGACCAUUGUGACGGAGCAAGAGCAAAAAUUGUUGGUCUCAGAUUCUGAUGGCUUCACAGAGAGGGAGAGUUUGAAAAGCAUUUUUACAGGAGGUGAAAGUAAGAAUAAUUUGGAAACUGUUCAACAUAAUAACUCUAAGGCAGAUAAACUUAAAGAGAGAGCCUCAAAGUGGUCUAAAAGUGACUGCCCACAAUAUUGUAAGCAUAAAGACACAAAAGAAAUGCCAUUGACAUGGUCCCAAGGAGGUGAGAUUGAGUGUGAUGAUUCCUGUGAGAAUCAUCUUGGCAACUCAGAGAAUCAGGAAAAUUCUACAGGAAAAGAGGAGGAAGAACCUAUUCACCGGGGAUGGGACUCAGGAGAACACACCAGGGCCUCUGUCCAGCAGAAUGCAUCCUUCCGGGACAAACCCUACAAAUGUUCUGAGUGUUGGAAAAGCUUCAGUAAUAGUUCUCAUUUGCGUACUCAUCAAAGGACCCACUCGGGAGAAAAGCCUUAUAAAUGUUCUGAGUGUGGGAAGUGCUUCAGUAGCAGCUCUCACCUGAUUCAGCAUCUGAGAACACACACAGGGGAGAAGCCCUACCAGUGCGGCGGAUGUGGGAAAAGCUUCAGCAACACCUCCCAUCUUAUUAUCCACGAAAGAACUCACACGGGAGAGAAACCCUAUAAAUGUCCUGAGUGUGGGAAGAGUUUCAGCAGCAGCUCUCACCUUAUUCAGCAUCACAGGUCGCAUACAGGUGAAAAACCGUAUGAAUGUCCAGUUUGUGGGAAAUGCUUCAGCCACAGUUAUGUCCUAGUAGAACAUCAGAGGACCCACACUGGAGAAAAACCUUACAAGUGUCCCGAUUGUGGGAAGAGUUUUAGUCAGAGUUCUAGUCUGAUCCGCCAUCAGCGGACACACACAGGUGAGAAGCCCUACAAAUGCCCUGAGUGUGGAAGAAGCUUUGGUUGUCAUUCUACUCUAAUGAAGCAUCAGAGAAUACACACAGGAGAAAAACCCUAUCAGUGCACAGAGUGCGGGAAGAAUUUCAGUCGAAGUUCAAACCUUAUUGCACACCGGAAAACACACACAGGAGAGAAAUCCUAUGAAAGUUCUGAAUAUGAAGAAAGUUUGAGUCCAAACUACAAUGUGAUAGAAGAAUGCAGACUCCAGCCAGGAGAGAAACCAUAUAAAUGUUGUGAAUGUGGAAAGAGUUUUGGCCUCAGCUCCCAUCUCAUUAGACAUCAGAGAACACACACAGGAGAAAAACCUUACAGAUGUUCUGAGUGUUGGAAAACUUUCAGUCAGAGUUCCACCCUGGUCAUUCACCAAAGGACGCACACAGGAGAAAAACCGUAUAAGUGUCCUGAUUGUGGGGAGUGCUUCAGCCAGAGCUUUAACCUCAUCAGGCACCGGCGGACCCAUAUAGGAGAAAAACCUUACAAAUGUGCCGACUGUGAGAAAUGCUUCAGCAGAAGUGCCUACCUCAGUCAGCAUCAGAAAAUUCACAUAGAAAAAUCUUCUGAGUCUCCUGAAGUUGACAAUUUUCCUCAUGAAUGGACUUGGAAAAACUGUUCUGGGGAGAUGGACCUCAUCUCUUCAUUUUCAGUCCCCAAUUCAUCUCCCUCCUGAGUCCCAAAGUCUGUUUUGUUUUUUUCUUUUCUUUUCUUAACUUUUCUUACUGGACCAUUAUAAUUAAGGUGUUCACUGA